GGACUGAAGGUUAGCAGCCUUACUUCUGAUCCAGGCUUCCCUGCUAACUGGCUGCCACUUCCCUUUGUGGGCCUCCGUCUCCACAUGGCUUCUAAUACCCUGAGCAGUGCUGAAACCAGUUUGUGAUUCCAAGAGCGCCCCUCCUCAGGCCUGAGAUCUGAGGGCAGGAAGCAAGUGAGCACAGGAGCCCAUUAGGCCACUGUGACCCAUGGACCUGCCCCCACAGCUCUCCUUUGCCCUCUAUGUGGCCGCAUUUGGGCUGGGCUUCCCGCUCAACACCCUGGCCAUCAGGGGUGCCGUGGCCCAUGCCCGGCUCCGCCUCACCCCCAGCCUUGUCUAUGCCCUCCAUCUGGGCUGCUCAGACCUCCUGCUGGCAGCCUCCCUUCCCCUGAAGGCGGUGGAGGCCCUGGCCGCAGGAGCCUGGACUCUGCCGGCUCCACUCUGUCCAGCCUUUGCCCUGGCCCACUUCGCUCCACUCUAUGCAGGUGGCGGCUUCCUGGCUGCCCUGAGCGUUGGCCGCUACCUAGGAGCCGCCUUCCCCUUGGGCUACCAAGCUUCCCGGAGGCCCUGCUAUUCCUGGGGGGUGUGUGUGGCCAUAUGGGCCCUGGUCCUCUGUCACUUGGGGCUGGUCUUUGGGUUGGAGGCUCCGGGAGGCUGGAUGGACAAUACCACCAACUCCCUGGGCAUCAACACACCAAUCAAUGGCUCUCCAGUCUGCCUGGAGGCCUGGGACCCAGCCUCAGCGGGCCCUGCUCGCCUCAGCCUCUCUCUCCUGCUCUUCUUUCUGCCACUGGCUAUCACAGCCUUCUGCUAUGUGGGCUGCCUUCGGGCAUUGGCUGGCUCAGGCCUGAGCCACAGACGGAAACUAAGAGCAGCCUGGGUGGCUGGCGGGGCUCUGCUCACACUGCUGCUCUGCUUGGGACCCUACAAUGCCUCCAAUGUGGCUGGCUUCCUGUACCCCAACAUGGGAGGCCGCUGGCGGAAGUUGGGGCUCCUCACAGGUGCCUGGAGUGUGGUUCUCAACCCACUGGUGACAGGCUACUUGGGAGGCGGGUUUGGCCACGGGACAUCAUGUGUGGCAAGAAUGAAAGGGAGUACAGCCCAGAAGCGGUAGCCACUGCUGGGGAGAAGGAACAUGCUGCAGACCCCAGCUGCUUCUUUAGGCCCCUGGUAGAGGCUGCUCCAAAGGA